UUUUUUUCGUAUUAUACUUUGUUAAAAAUUUCGGUGAAUAAUGAAUUAUUAUGCAAGGAGUCAUGUUAAGGUUCUAUCUUGGCUUUACAAACAAAAUAUGAGUGAUCUACAAAAAAAUCCAGCAGCAGACUCGGAAGUCUCGAUAGUCUCUAGUAGCUCUCAAAUGACAGUACUCUCAGAAGCAAGCGCUCAAGUAAUGAUGGAGUCUAUGCGGUCAGUAAGUCAGCAAGAUAUUUUUGAAACUAAUUGGAGCAGAGCUUUUAAAGAUGUAGCGCACGUAAUUAUUGAACGGUGGCAGAAUUUGGCCAGGAAAGUUAUUUGGGAUAUUCUUUUUUUAAUAAUUGCUGAUUGGCUGAUUCCUGAAGAUAUUUUCCACGGACUAUUGUGA